GCUCUGAUCAGAACCUCGCUUUCGGGCCCAUCGACCUCUGUAAGACCGGUGCAAAAAUGUUUUGUAAAGCCGUGGUAUUUUCUCCACAAUGCACUCAGGUGCGUGGGAUGGUUACUCUAAAGGAUAUUUCGAUGCGGAUUAAAUCUGUUGGAAAUAUUCAGAAAAUUACCAAGUCCAUGAAAAUGGUCAGUGCUGCAAAGUUCUCGCGAGCAGAACGUGAGCUUCGGCCAGCGAGGCCAUAUGGUGUUGGAGCUAAAGCAUUCUAUGAUAAAGCUGAGAUCAAGUCUGAAGGGGAAAUGCCCAAGCAUCUGAUAAUUGCCAUCUCGUCGGAUAGAGGUCUCUGCGGGGCCAUUCAUAAUGGUAUUGGUCGCGCUAUCAAAAGUGAGAUAGCCGGGGCUGCCAGUGGCAUUGAAACCAAGCUCGUUCUUGUCGGGGAUAAAUGCAGGGCAAUUUUGCAAAAGGAUUAUACAAAAAAUUUCCUUUUGACCUUGAACAAUUACGGGAAGAAACCGCCGACCUUUAAUGAUGCUGCUUUGGUUUCCCAAGCUGUCCUGAACUCUGGAUACGAAUUUGACAUUGGCGACAUAUAUUUCAACCGAUUUAGGUCGAUCGUGUCGUACAAAAUAGCGAAGCAACCGAUGUUUUCGUUGGACACGAUCACGGCGUCGCCGAACGUCUCCGUCUACGACUCGCUGGACGGUGAGGUGCUCCGCAGCUACCAGGAGUUCUCGCUUGCCAGCCUGCUCUUCUACGGCAUGAAGGAGAACUCGACGAGCGAGCAGAGCUCCCGCAUGACGGCCAUGGACAGCGCUACGAAGAAUGCCGGGGAGAUGAUUGACAAGCUGAAGAUGACCUACAACCGCACCAGGCAGGCUGUGAUCACGCGGGAGCUGGUGGAGAUCAUCUCUGGUGCAGCAGCCCUGGAGUAACCUGCAGUGAUGCUCAGGCAAUCCACUACAGGAAGGUCAUCUCUGUUUCGUUAAAUAAUUUUAGAACCUCUCCCAUCCCUUGUUUAAACAGUGUCGGUUUGUUUGUAGUCGACAUCGUUGGCGUUGUUUUCUGGCUAGCACAAGGUGUAGGCAGCGAGGAAGGGCAGGGCAUGGUGUAGUCGGUUUCUUUACUGCGGGUCAAAAUUGUUCUCUUCGAACUGUCGAUUGUAGAUUAUUUCAUCUAGAGCAUUUACAAGCAGUACCUUAUUUUCCAUAUCUGGUGUUGACUUGUAUAUUAAAUAUGUAAGCGAAUAAAAUGAGAGGUUAAUACUGUUACGAUUA